AUGCCGGGCUCGCUCUCCCUCUUCACCGUCAAUGCGGUCCUGAUUAUGUCUACGGACGACAGCUCUCGCAUCUACGCCAAAUACUUCUCCCCGCCGCACCCCCCAGCCGGCGUUGCUGCCAAUUCCACCGACUAUCCUGGCGCAAACCCUUACCCUACGGUGAAAGAGCAAAAGGCGUUUGAGAGCGGGCUGCUGGAGAAGACCAACAAACAGACCAACGACGUGAUUCUGUACGACAACCGCAUCGUCGUUUUCAAGGUCGAGAACGAUGUCAUGCUAUACGUGAUUGGCAGCGUGGACGAAAAUGAGGUGCUGCUGUACAAUGUGGUGGUGGCACUGCGAGAUGCCUUGGGGAUAUUAUUCAAAGGCGCUACCGACAAACGCACAAUUAUCGAGAACUACGACCUUGUCUCCCUCGCCAUAGACGAAAUUAUCGACGACGGCAUCAUCCUCGAAACAGACCCAGUCCUCAUCGCUUCGCGUGUCAGUCGUGCCCCUACAGCAGAUGCCCCUAACAUGAAGAAUAUCGAUCUUUCAGAGCAAGGCUUGCUCAAUGCAUGGGAAUUCGGCAGACGCAAACUGGCCGAGCAAUUGCGGCAGGGUCUUUAA